ACGAUGCUACCGGCGGAUUGAGAAAGCAGCAACGGAUUUAACUACGUUUUAUAUUUACAUUACGUUUUAUUUUUAUUUUUUAUUUAUUUUUUCCACAGUAUUUCAGAAAUGAAGAUCUGGAGCACGGAACAUAUAUUCAGCUAUCCUUGGGAGACGGUGAUCAAAGCAGCGAUGAGAAAAUACCCCAAUCCCAUGAACCCCAGUGUGGUAGGAGUGGACGUCCUGGACAGGAACCAGGAUAAACAUGGUCGCCUUCACAGCCACCGGCUGCUGAGCACUGAGUGGGGUAUCCCGGGUGUGGUGCGAGCCGUGAGUAAAAUACUGGGGACAAGUCGAACCACUACAUAUGUUAAAGAGUAUUCCGUUGUUGACCCUGAAGUAAAAAUAAUGGAGCUUUUCUCAGCAAACAUAACCCUCACAAAUUUAGUAUCCGUUGAUGAGAGACUAGUUUACAGGCCACAUCCUGAAAACCCAGACGUCACAAUCUUAACCCAAGAAGCAAUAAUCACUGUGAAAGGAAUCCGUUUGAGCAGCUACCUCGAGGGAUUGAUGGCUCUUAGUAUGACUGCUAAUGCAAGAAAGGGAUGGGAUGCAAUUGAAUGGAUCAUUAAGAACUCAGAACGGGAGAACGUGCCGUUAUGUUGAACACCAGUUACCUCCAGCAUCUCAGUAAUAAAACGGGCAAGUUUGUGUGUGUAAGACGUUCAGCAUCAGCACCAGCGCUGGAACAACAUCUGACUUUCCACCUCUCUGUGUGUUGUGCAGUAAGUGUGUGCUUCUUAGAACGAGUGAACAUUUGAAGCAACACAUUGGAAAUCUCCUGAAUGCAUCGAACUGCACUUAUAAAGCUACUAUUCAUUAGUUGAAGUCACUGUUGAAUUAUAUAGUAUGUUUAAAUAUCAAUAUGCACUUCAAAUGCUCUCACUACCUCCUUUUGAGAAUCUUAUUUCAUCUGUUAUGGGUUCUUAUGUAAAAUCAGUUGUUGUCUCUGUUAGGGGAAUCGUGUUUACAUUGUUCUUAGUCCGUAAGUAUUUUCUUUUUUUAAUUUAUUGAUAAGUUAAUAAUUCGUUCAGAAUGUUUACACCUUUUUAUUUUUUGUUACUAAUAUAGGUUCAGAUUGUGUAGAUGUUAUUUUGUUUAUUUUUGACACGUCACAAAGACUAAAAUCUAAACUGGGCUUUUAGGGUAUCUUUCUUUGUGCAAGUCUAACAGUGAUCAUAUUUAUGUUUUCCCUCAUAUUUGUAUGAUCUAUAAUUUAUUUUAUUCCUGAAUACCGAUGCAUAUUUACCAGUUCACAAAGAAUUUCUUUGAUACAUGAUAUAAAAUGUCAUUUUUGUGCUCUGAAAAGAAAACAGAUUCCUUGUAGUCCAUCUGUUUAAAUGCCCACUCCAGAUAUCUUAGGAUUUAUAUGUUCGUUGUACAGAUCUAAUUUAUUUGAUUAUGCUUUAUGGGAAAUAGUGUAAUAAUGGUGUAAUAAUUAGUAUAAAUGUAAUAUUGUUGGUUCCUCAUAGGCCUGACACAGUUAUUCAAGCUGAUUGCGAUUAAGAUGAUAAUAUAUCAGAUGAUAUAUAAUAUAGAACAAUAUUAAGCAGUGACAUUCCUUUUCUCUCAGUCCCUAGACUUAAGAUGUUGUGCCAACAUACUCAACAUAUUCGUUCUUGAUCGAAAGCAACAGUCGAAGAAGUAAAAGCUCAGUGUUUCACCAUUAUGUUUUAAUCGAUUUUUGAUAUAAUUACUGUUGGGUGUUUCCUUUGCUUUUUUAUACUGUUAUGUUCAUUAUGACACAACUGAUAUCGUGCUCGUGUUCAUGAUAUCAGUGGCAGACUGCAAAUCAUUGUUUACUGCAAUCAUUUGCGUGCCAGUGAAUUAUCAGCUCGACUGUGACAGGGCGAGUAGCUAAACCGAAGGAGCGGCGCAGGUCCCUGAUGUUAGUGUGACGGCUCAUAUUUGGUGCUAAAACGUGCGCUUUUUGCUAAAUGCUGUACUGAUGGGACCUGCGAGCGAAUCUAUUCUAGGAAGGAAUGUGUUCUUGCUAUAAGUAAAUUUCUAAUACAUAAACAAAG